UUUUUUGGUCCUUACCACAGUACGUCACCACCUAGUUACCGUAUUUCAUUUUUUGCGAUCGAUAACGUUACCACCUCCCCACGGCGUGUGUCGAAAGUCGCGGCAGGCAGCGCAGCAGCCCGGCCGCACUUGCCGUUGGAGCAGUGCAGAACCAAAUAUCCAAACACUUUGAAGUACGCUGCUGUCCAUUGAGGGCUCCGUUGACAUGGCGCUGAACAAGGUUAAUGGACCUGACGAGCUCUACAUCGGAGGCGUCUUCGGCGUCAACCGCACCCGGCUCGUCCGCGACCACAACAUCACGCACAUCCUGUCCGUCAUGAAAUAUUCGUUGAAUCGCGACGACGCUGCCUUCCGCGGGAUCCAACAUCUUAGCAUCGAUAUCGACGACAUGGACGACCAGGACAUGCUCGUCCACUUCCCCAGGAUCGUGCGCUUUAUUCACGGGGGGCUCUCGAGCGCUGGCCCAUCUAGACUACAGAAUCUCGCCGCAGACACACCCGCCCCUCCGGUGUCGCCCACGGCGCAAGGCGCUUCCGCUUCCCCAGACUCACCAUCGGGCGCCGUCCUUGUCCACUGUGCCAUGGGCAAGUCCCGCUCCGCCACAGCUGUCAUCGCCUUUCUGCUAUGGAAGUACCCGCAUCGCUUCGGGAAGGCGGACUCGGCGACGACAGCGCGGGACGCAGUGGCACGGGCUCUCCAAUGGGUUCGCGAGACCCGCCCCAUCGCCGAGCCGAACGACGGAUUUAUGCGCCAGCUCGAGAUGUGGUGGGACAUGGGCUGCCCGGCCGAUAGCGACGACGCUGUAGAGAAGAACCCUGCAUACCAGCGCUGGCUGUACAAACGCGAGGUCGAGGAUGCCGCCCGCAUCGGAAGGGCGCCCGGCUGGAUUCGGUUCGAAGAUGAGGAAGCACAAGUAGCCAGCGACAAGGCAACCGGGCGCACGGACAGCGCAGCCGGGGGUACGGAGCUCAGGUGUAAGAAAUGCCGGCGAGUGCUGGCCACCGCCCCGUUUCUGGUCCCGCAUCGCGGCCGGGGCAACACGGAGCGGUCAGACUGCCCACACUUCUUCAUCGAAGCGCUGUCGUGGAUGCGCCCUAUUCUUGAAGAAGGCGCCCUGGACGGGCGUCUCAUCUGUCCGAACGCAAAGUGCGCCGCCUCCAUCGGCCGAUAUGCCUGGCAGGGUUUCAAAUGCAGCUGUGGCGAGUGGGUCGCCCCGGCCUUUUCACUGCAGAGCAGCAAGGUCGACAAAGUCGUCGCAGGGAGGAAGCAACACGGAGAUGCCUCGGCAAUAGCCGAGCGUAUGGCGGCGCUGGGCAUCCGCAUGCCUCCCGGAGCCGCCGCGCGGCCUACGGUGUCCGAGCCCGGGGUUGAUACCGACAAAUGCAAAGAAAAUUUAUGACGAGCAUGUUGCAAUCGAGUUCAGCACGGACGGGUCCUCCCCUCCAGGAGCUCGACAGGCAUAUUUUCCUCAGCCAGCGUGCCGCCGAUGGAACUCCUCGCUCGAGCACCGCGCUGAGCUUUGCGAGAUUGCCCUGGGUUGCAAG